AACCCGGAAAAGCCUGCUUCUCCUGUAUCCAGUUUAUUGUGCGUCAGCAAGAGUUCUUUGAGCUUAUUUCCAAAGUAGUAAAAGAGUAAAACAGUGUUCUUUAAGUAAUGAUCUGAAGGCCUCGGCGUGACUGUGAUGUUACCAUGAGCUCCUCGGUUUGCCUGCACGCGGAGCUCGCUGCGGUCAUCGAGAGACUGGUGCUCGCGGCUGUGACGGAGCUCCAAAGACUCACAAAGCGCGAGGAGGAGGAGGUGAAACGACUGGAUACAGACACCCAACAACACACCAUGGUGCAGUUUGCCUCAGUGAUGGAGACUCUGGGCAAUGAGGCUUUGGGGAAAAUCCUCAGUAUUUUGGACACAGUCGCAGUAGAACUAAAACUGGACAAACUAAACAAUCCACCUCCAACAAAAUCCCAUGUUCUCUACAUCCUUCAGGGCUCCAGGGUGGGGGUUGAACAUUCAUAUGGUGCAGGUGACAACAUGAGCAGGGGCCAGCCCAUUAUUGAAGACCACUGCUAUGGAACAAAUGACAAGACAACUGACAAAGAUCUGCCCUCUCAAGAGUGUCUGCUAUUAGAGGAACAAGGCUGUGCCAAUGCAGAGGUUACUCCUGCCAUAAGUGUUCAAGACAAAUCGGAAAACAGGAGCCUCACUGCUGUUGGUAAAAAGAGGACACACUCAAACAAGACAAAGCUCUGUAAAUCUAAGAUUAAACCACAGGACACAUGUUCUCAAAGAGAUUCAGACAUGUCUGAAUACCUCAUUGAAGACCGGUCAGAGGAAGAGCCAGUCAAUCUCAUCAGCAAAAUCAAAUGUGAAAAUGAGGAUUCUAGUUUAGAAAGAGCUGAAGAGAUGCAUGACUCUGUGAGAUCAAGUCCUGAAACCUUUACUUUAGCCCAUAGCUCCUCAUCUUUUGUACUCAAGACAUGGUGCUUCAACUGCACCAUCUGUGGCAUAGACUUCAGCAGCGAGUUUGCUUUCAGAGUGCAUAUGUCUUCUCACACAGUGGACAAGCCCUUUAAAUGUCCGACAUGUGACAGCAGUUUCAAUAAGGCCAACUCCUUAAAGAUGCACAUGUACAAACACACAGGAGAUUACCCCUUUAAGUGCCCAGAGUGUGGGAAGGGCUAUGCUGACAAAGACAAGCUGAAGGGACACCUGAGCAUCCACACUGGGCAGAAGCCCUUCGCCUGUAAGGUCUGUGGAAACACCUUCACAGCCAAGACCAACCUGCACCGCCACAUGCGCUCGCAUUCUGGCACCAAGCCAUACACAUGCUCCGAGUGUGGGCGGGGCUUCACACGCUCUCGGACUCUCAAAGAUCAUAUGACUGUUCACUCUGGGGUUCACCCAUUCAAAUGCUCUUUCUGCAACCGUUCCUUCAACCAUAAAGUGAAUCUGAUAGUCCAUGAGCGCAUCCACACAGGUGAGCGUCCCUAUGUCUGCUCAUUGUGCUCUAAAGCCUUUCGCACCACAGUGGCUCUGCAUGUUCACCAGCGCGUGCACACAGGAGAAAAGCCCUAUAUUUGUGAUGUGUGUGGCCGGGCUUUCAGCCAGCAGAGCAGUCUGUGUGUCCACAAACGCGUGCAUUUAAAUGAGCGCAGCUACAUCUGCCACACCUGCAACAAGAGCUUCAACAACCCCCAGAACCUGAAGCUGCACGUGCGUGUGCACAGCGGUGAGAGGCCUUAUGUGUGUGAGCUGUGUGACAAAACCUUUGUGCAGAAUGCACACUUGCGCACACACACGAUGCACAUGCACUCAGGAGUGAAGCAAUGUAUGUGUGAACACUGUGGUAAAGUGUAUGCUGACAGACGCACACUCCGAGUGCAUAAGUGUGUGUACAAAUGACCCUGUGAACAGCAGAGACAGAUGAGGUGCUGAAAACAUCUAAUAAACUUAUUUAAAUGAAAAAAAAUCUCUCAGGGAUUUACACAAAUUGUAUUUGUUUACAAAUGUUAUUUUGGAGUUUUAAAUGCAUUACAAUGUUUGUUAAAAGAUGGCAUUAUUUGGAGCUUUAAGUGUCUUGUACAGGUUUUUCAAUUUAGGAAAUAAAGAAAAAAAUA